AUGGUGGCCAUCCCGUUACCUAACACGGAUGACCCCGUGGAGCAGGGCGUGCAGCGGAUAUGGACAGCCAUGGAAGGCGUGUCUGAGAAGGGCCAGACCCUGUAUUGGCCGUUGCUGGCAUACAUGAAUGCAGACAGCAUGGCCAAGCAUGUCCAGCCAUGGCAGCAGAUAUUGGCAUUUAUCGCCCACAUAUAG